UGGCGGUUUCUUCUCCAAAACUCGAACACAUGUUUAAAAUCGAUUGAAAUCGACGGAUCGGCUUCUCCGUUCAUUGCUCUCUCGCUCUCUCUCUCUCUCUCUCUACGCACAUUUGCGGAAACACUGAGAUCUGUUGUUCUCAAACGCAGAGAGAGAUUGAGAGAGAGCUCAGUCCAAUCCAAUGGCGGCAGUGUCUCCUCUGGCAAAGUACAAGCUGGUGUUCUUGGGCGAUCAAUCCGUAGGGAAGACCAGCGUUAUCACUCGCUUCAUGUACGACAAGUUCGACACCACCUAUCAGGCUACCAUUGGCAUUGAUUUCCUAUCUAAAACAAUGUACCUUGAGGACCGGACAGUUCGUUUGCAGCUUUGGGACACUGCCGGACAAGAGAGAUUCAGGAGUCUUAUCCCGAGCUACAUUAGAGAUUCUUCUGUUGCUGUGGUCGUCUAUGAUGUUGCUAAUCGGCAAUCUUUUCUGAACACUUCAAAGUGGAUCGAAGAAGUACGUACAGAGCGGGGUACUGAUGUUAUUAUUGUUCUUGUCGGGAAUAAAACUGAUCUCGUUGAGAAAAGGCAGGUGUCAAUUGAAGAAGGAGACGCCAAGGCUCGCGAUUUUGGGGUCAUGUUCAUAGAAACCAGCGCCAAAGCUGGAUUCAAUGUCAAGCCUCUCUUCCGGAAGAUUGCGGCUGCAUUGCCGGGCAUGGAGUCCCUCUCAGCCACAAAACAGGAAGACAUGGUAGAUCUGAAUUUGAAGUCUACGGUAAGCACCUCCGCCACAGAGCAGGAAGGGGGAGGAUGUUGCUAAGUAAUAUAUUUCUGGGAGAGUGAGAGAGAGAGAGAGGGGUAGUCUGGAAUUCGAAUAGGGUCUUAACACGAAAACAAAAACAGCAAAUAUGGUCUUUAACUUAGAAUUAUGAAAUAAUGGAAAGCCAUUAUUUCAAGUCCUUGCAAUGGAGGAAGGCUGUAGAGUUCUGCUCCAUAGUACUUCUAGGCCAGUUGGGCUCCCUGUUGUUGAGAUCUUGUCUAUAUUCGAUGUUGAAUUUUUUUAAUCAGAAGUUCGUUUUCAUUUAAGGAUACCAGUUAGGGUCGUUUAUACGUACUUUGUAAUAGAUUGAUUAUAUUUACAACCAGAAUUUAUUUACUAUUAUGA